UUACAGAUGUUAUAAAGCUAUCUUUGACUGUUGGUGAAUAAUGUGAACUUAACUGUACCUGUAAUUGACAUACUCUACAUGAUAGAGUAGACGUAAGAAAUAAGAGAACAGUGGUUUGUGGAUUUUUGUAGGCUACAUCAUACAGAGGACACAGUUUACAGGGUACACAACCUCACCUCUGAAUCAGGAUACAGCUAUCAAUUCAGUUUUCAAUACUAAUCAAGACUUUUACAGUUGAAAUUUAGAAGAAAUAACAGCUAAUUUCCAGUAUUUGGAUUAUUGUACUACAUGCAAACUAGGUACUGUAGUUGCAUUGAUUGUUCAAUAUGUACCACCCAUCGUCACGCCUUUCAUGGGUGCCAGGUUCUCUUAGGUUGGAAGGGAAAGCUGCAUUUUAAGUACUACGUCCUCAACGGGUUCUACAACUCGUACCUGGCAACACACAUAUAACCCACUCUCACUGCUGACGUCACUGAGGUCAGGUAGACGGAGCGAAGAUGGCGACCGCUUACGAGAGAUACAAUUUUAGUUUGACAGUAGAGACAGACAAACGCUGGGGGAGCUUAAGAGGAUAACAUGAAAGAAGGUCUCCAGCAGGAAUUAGACUGGGGCUGUUGUGAUUACUGUACAUGGCACACAACCCCAGAGAAGUUCUUCAUUGAGGCCUGCGAUGAGGGGGCUGAUGCUGUGCUGGCAAUCGACAGGGUCUCAAAUGAGAUGACCCUCACUGGUAAAAAAGAUGUUCCUCCCUCAGCAGUCACCAGGCCUAUAUGUGGCAUCAUGGGAACCAUUCGCCUGGUAGCAGGGAUGUACCUGAUUGUCAUCACCAGGAAGAGGAAUGUGGGCAGCCUCCUGGGCCACGCUGUGUGGAAGGCUGUGGACUUUGAUGUGAUCUCUUAUAAGAAGACAGUGCUGCAUCUCUCAGAGAUCCAGUCUCAGGAGAAUAAGACUUUCCUGUCCAUGAUUAACAACGUGCUGACUACAGACGGCUUCUACUUCUGCACUGACUACGACCUGACACACACACUGCAGCGACUGGCCAACACCAGCCCUGACUUCCAGGAGAUGAGUCUGCUGGAGAGGGCAGAUCAGAGGUUUGUGUGGAAUGGGAACCUCCUGAGAGAACUGGCUGCGCAGCCAGAGCUUCAUAAGUUUGCACUUCCUGUUGUCCAUGGAUUCAUUGUCAUGAAGCCAUGUCGUAUAAAUGGGAAGAUCUUUGAGUGGAUCCUCAUAUCCAGGAGAAGCUGCUUCCGAGCUGGUGUCAGAUACUACGUUAGAGGCAUUGACUCUGAAGGCCAUGCUGCUAACUUUGUGGAGACUGAGGAGAUAGUCUUGUAUGAGGGAGCAAAGGCUUCAUUUGUACAGACACGAGGCUCCAUGCCCUUUUACUGGAGUCAGAGGCCCAACCUCAAGUACAAACCUAAACCUAUAAUCAGCAAAACCACCAAUCACAUGGAUGGUUUCCAGAGGCAUUUUGACUCUCAGCUCCUCAUCUAUGGGAAGCAGACUAUUCUGAACCUGGUGAAUCAGAAGGGCUCAGAGAAGCCACUAGAACAGGCCUUUGCCAAGAUGGUUUCUGGCAUGAACAAUGGUAUGCUCAAUUACAUGGCCUUCGACUUCCACAAAGAGUGCAGCCACAUGAGAUGGGACCGUCUCCAGAUCUUAGUGGAUGCUGUUGCUGAGACACAAGAUGAAUAUGGUUACUUCAUGGUGAACUCAGAGGGGAAGACGGUGGCUCAGCAGAGAGGAGUCUUCCGUAGUAACUGCAUGGACUGCCUGGACAGGACCAACGUCAUUCAGAGCCUGCUUGGCCGACGCUCCCUACAGUCUCAGCUUCAGAGGAUGGGGAUUCUGAAUGUGGGUCAGCGGAUUGACGAGCAGGCUGAGUUUGAAAAGAUCUACAAGAACGCAUGGGCUGACAAUGCCAAUGCAUGCGCUGUACAGUACGCAGGAACUGGAGCCUUGAAAACAGACUUCACAAGGACGGGGAAGAGGACCAGGUGGGGGCUGCUGAUGGAUGGCUGGAACUCUAUGAUCCGCUACUACAAAAACAACUUCUCUGAUGGAUUCAGACAGGAUUCCAUUGACCUCUUUCUGGGUAACUUUGCUGUCGACGAGUCAGAUGGACCCACUCCUCUUCGAGUGCAGAAGGACUGGAAGUUCCUCACGCUGCCCAUCAUUAUGCUGGUGGCAUUUUCCAUGUGCAUCGUCUGUCUUCUCAUGGCUGGCGACACAUGGACAGAGACCCUGGCUUACGUGAUGUUCUGGGGGGCUGCUAGCGCGAUUACAGCCACUAUCAUCCUGUUUAACGGACAAGACUUUGUGGACGCCCCCAAACUGGUUCACAAGGAGAAGAUGGACUGAGUGUGUGUGUGUGUGUGUGUGUGUGUGUGUGUGUGUGUGUGUGUGUGUGUGUGUGGAGUAGCUGCGCCCAGCAGUCUCAUAUACCUCGUCAUCUUUACUUAUUCUUCCCCAGGUCUGGACUCUAGACUGAUCUGCCGCCUCCGUACUGCCCUCCGGACUUUAUCAUCCAAAACCAUUUUUCUGUCAUUUGUCUCCAACAUAUUUUACCUUCUUCAGUUGUAAUGCACACAUUCCUUCACAUGGUUUACAUUUAAUUUCCUGUAUUCCUCCUACUGUAUUUUAGGUUCUUCUACUAACAUUUUUCUAAGAAAGAGAGAAAUCAAAUUGUCUUUCAUUUCUAACAAGCAUUUUUCCAUUGUGCUUUAUUACACACCUUUUAGUUAAAGGCCCUGCACACCCACACAGGUGUUUUCAAUUACUCUGGCUGAUUAGACCUUCAGUCACAUCAGUUUGUGCUACAAAUUACAUGAUGUCACCAAAGUCAUACAUACUAAUUAAAAUGAUUAAGGUUGUAAGGUGCUACAGGUACAACAAAACCAACAGAAGGGUGAGGGAGCUGUCAUGUGAGUGGAGUUUGUACAUGUACACUGUCCUGAGAAGAGGUCUAACUAAGCAACACAAGUUAAAACACCUGUGUGGGUGGACCUUGGGUGUAUAGGGGCUUUAAAGCUGCAUUCAUUAUAAUUUUUUUACCACUUGUGAGCAGCGCAACAAGCUGAAAACCGUAUCUGACAUAUUGUCACCGUAUAAAGUUGAUGUGGCGAACGUGUUAGCAAACAGUCACCAGCUUUGUUCAUUUGGACUUGGGCAGUUAGUGUACCGGGGGUUAGCAGAGCUUUUUCAUUGCAAACAACUGCCUGCUGCUGGAAAUGAGUUUGAUAAGAACCAUAAAACCAAAACAAUGAGCUGAAAGAAGCUAAAAAGCUCUGCAGUGCUUCAGAGGUGAUAAUUCUCUGUGGGUUCAUCACUACAGAGGAUCCCUUUCACAUUGCUCAGUCAUUUGAUCCAUUAUUAAUAUAAAAAUAUUGAUUAGUGCAGCUUAUAAAAUACUUAAUGCAAUUGUAUUCAUUCCAAACAGAGGAUUUAUUACUGCCAAUUAACCCUGAAGAGUCACAUUCAAAGAUGUGGCACUGAAGCAUGCACAUAUUGAAACAUAUAUGAUGUAGCUAACUGAUGAAGAGAGCACUCUAUACAGUAUAUACCUGUUGAGUUUUGAAUGUAACAAGCCUUACAAACUUGCGUAUAAAACAUAAAUAUUUGGCUAAUCUGUAACAGGAGUGAACAAUAUGUCUUCCUAUUAAGCGAACUUAGGAGAGUAUCUAUGAUGACUUUGCACUUUGGAGAAUGAUGAAAUGUGCUGCCUGCAUACAGCUGUCAGUGAUUUAUCUAUUUGUAUUGAGAGUUAGUUGAGUGUCUGUGGUUGCUAGCUCUUUCUCAGCCCAAAUUAGUUUUCAAUUUGUUGAUUGAAAUAGAUCUGGUGUUCUCAUUUAGGUUUUUUUUUUUUGAUGACUGGUGGAGAAACAGUUGACCAAUUUAGAGCUUUGUAGGGAGGAUUAAGAAUGAGGAAGUAAUCUUCCUACAUCUCUAGUUAGCUACUUAGCUACAUCCAUGAAAAAUGGCAACAGGAAAACAGCCGGAACAAUGUCAGCAUUCAUGGAUGAGAUCAGCACAGCCGUACAGGUUGUUGUACGUCUCCUCACAGACAGCUAUGUAGGAAGAUAACAUCCCCAUUCUUAAUACCGCCUCCAAAGCUCUGGUUAGUUGAUUGUUUCUCAACCCGCAGGAAAUACUAGUCAAUGAGCACAACACCAGACCUGUUUGAAUCUCUGAACAAAUCCGAGAUGUGAGCAGUUAAUCAGUGGGCUGGAACCAGGCUAAUUUGUUUGUAGAUUUUUUAUUUUUUUUUGACUGCACCAGUUUUGACUGGAAUUGUCUGUGUAGCCUUAGGCCUGUUCAUCUCAGUGUCCCUGGUUUGGUCCAUGGCAGCAUGCGUUGCUGUCUGCCACAGUGUCUUUUUUGAUAAUACGACUGGGGCAAGCCAGAGUUAGAACGUUUCAAAUUCUACACAUUGUGGCUUUAAUUCUAGUCUUCUCUCGAGAUAGCAGAUGUAGUUUUGUGGUCAUCGGGACUUUGAUGUCUCAUUAUGUCGAGUAAACAGGCUUUAGUACUUUAUGGUCUGUCCAUGUGGGUUUCAUUAUUCAUCAUUCCUCUUAUUUUUGAAAGAAAGGGGUGUCCCCAGAAGAUCACAGACUGAGGUGGAAGGAAGAAGGCCUACACAUAAUGUUACUAUUAUGACCACCAUUUGAUGUCUUUUAUAUUACAAGAUAAUUCAUUCAAUUCCCUGUUAUAGCAGUCUUAAAAAGUUAUAGAAGCACCUCAAAAACAUAGUGUGUUACUGUAUCUUUAUUAUUUACAAUAAUUAAAUUGGGAUCUCCGACCUAAAAACUUAUUAGUAACCACGGAUGCUCUUCCAGGCUUCCAUAGUCUACCAUGCACCUGUUCAUUCACGUUUUCAGUCUGGUUCAGUUUGCUUGCUCACAGAGGUCUAGAAGAGAAUUAGUCCAAAUUGGGCUUUGAAACCUUCCUCCGUUGUUGAUUUAAGAUGUACUAUAGCUUUAGUGGAAUUGGUCACCAUACUUUCUUGUUCUGUGUAUGAUUUCACAUACAAGCUGUGUGGUGGUAGCUUUAGAUUAUAUGUUUAGAUUAAUCCUGCAAACAUUAUGUGAUGUGGCAGAUCGUACCAACAAGUAGUAAAAGCCAUUGGGUGAGUGAUUGAUUGGGUUUCAAACAUUUAUCUAACUGUACUCUGAUCAUGCUAGCUUUUCGAAGAGUCUAAUCUUGAUCUGAACUAUGUAAUUUUGUGUGACGGUAUACGUCGAGGUCCACGCACUUACACUUGUAACAAGAUUACUUAAAAUCAUCCUAUGAGACUUCAGGUACUUACUAGACUUUCAACUGCAUCUUAUGGUCUUCAUCAGCAAAUGGAGUUGUAUGCUCAGUUGUUGUGGAGUUGCUAGUAAGCUACAGUAGUUAGUGGACCUUGAAUAAAGAUUUUUUUGUCACACACUCACUUUCAUAUGUACUUUGUGCAGUGUAGGUGAAAUGUGUCUCGUGGACAUAUCCUUGUAAUACCUGUACAUUUUAAAAUGAGAUUUGUAUUUACACAUGUAAUUUGUGGAUGGAAGUGAUUGUUUUAUCUAGACAAGCAGUGACAGUCAGUCAGCAGCACCUUAUUUGAAGAAUGUUUGGACAUUGUACCUUAAUAUCAUUAUAUUAAGAAAAGUAAAAGAUCAAAUAUUUUCUUUCCAUCAUGUACAGCUGCAGGUUUAAAGUUGUCCGAAGGUUCCACAGUUAUACAGUAUACUUUGAUUUGUGUUUGGAUGUGAUUAUAUCUCUUCUGUGGUUUUUGCAAAUGUUUUGCUUAUAAACAUAAUAAUAGAGCCAAUAACAUGGUGUAUUAUGAUAUGUGUGUGUGGUAACAUGACUUGCAAACUUUACUGUACUACAACAACACAUUGUAUUCAUUUGGAACCAGGGCCUUAGCUUCCUUCCAGGACACUGAGGUCAUGUUCUUUUUUAUUUUUUCUGUGAAUUUGGGGGCAAGUUCAUUCUUCAUUUUUCUUCAUAAAUAUUCAAGUUUAUAAAAUGAAACACUUUCAACAUCUGUUUGCAAUUUGUACUUCAGACAAUAAAAAAAUUGGUGCAAAGUGUAAUGCACACAAACACA